ACUAUGUUUACAAAAGCCUUGUAAUUAAAUUAGUAUCUUGGUAUUUCUAACAAAAAUAUACAUAAUUCAAAUAUUCUCUCUCCCAACUAUCUAGUUAAACCAACAAAAAAGCUUCUCAAAAAAAAAAAAAAAAUCAAAAGUAACCCUCAAUUACUACUUAUCAUAAAUUGGUAUAAUUGGGUCUGUAGACUCUGUACCCAUUUUGAGAGUUUCGUCUGAAACAUUGAAACCAUUCUGAACAGUAACUCACUUCGUCUGAAACAUUGAAUUUCACUUGGUCUGGUUGAGUAAUGAGGUACGUGAAGCCGUUGAACUUGUUCCAUGAUUUGCUCUCGUCAAAAGCAGUAAAACGGGGUCGUUUGCUUGGUCUGGAUGUUGGUGAUAAGUAUGUUGGACUUGCUGUUUCAGACACUCACAAUAAGAUAGCUUCACCUUUAAGUGUUCUGCUAAGGAAGAAAUCGAACAUUGAUCUAAUGGUUAGUGACUUUCAAAGUCUGAUCUCUGAACUUUCUCUGGUGGGCUUUGUUGUUGGCUGCCCUUUUGACAGACGAAGAAGUGCUCCUGAUGCUGUGCAAGUGAAGCUUUUCAUUGAUGAUCUCUGUAAAACGGGGAAACUCAAAGAUUUAAACUACACGUAUUGGGAUGAGAGUUUUACAUCUAAGAAUGUGGAAUUACUGUUAAAGCCUUUGAAUUUACAUCCAGUCCAGUCAAAGACAAUAAUUGACAAGUUUGCUGCUGUGGGAAUACUCCAGAGCAGUUAUUCUGAAUUCAGAGCUGUCUCAUAUGCUGGCAUUUUGGGCAGGGAUACCUGGAUUAUGUUAACAGGAAGAUCAAGUUGGAAGCAGCAGAGUAAGAUGUCUCUAAAUGGAUGCUAUAGCUCACUAACAAGGCAGGCAUUGGGGGAAAAAAAGGAGCUGUGGAUGCAUGGAGCAUUUAUUGAAGACAGCUACAAACCAAGUGGAUUAUUUAAAUCUUUACAUGCUCUAUAAUUUGUUGUAAAAUUUGUUAAUGAUCGUGAUGGGAACUUUAUGAAUGUUACUUUUUUUUUAUAAAAAAAUUCUAUUAGAAGUAA